GCCACUCUCCAGGUCCAUGGCUCGGGGGAUUGGCAGAUUGCCAUUUCACCCACAACAUAUUAAGCCGCAAAUUUCACUUAGGAGAUUCUCUAGCGUUGUGACCUACAGCAAGCCCCUCUCCUUCAGAUUCUAUAGCCAGCAGUCACGUCACGACCACAGAUUCAUCGAGUCUAUCUCCGAAGCCAUUGCCACAGCCGGGGUUCGCCAGCGUACGCCUGUCUUCAAGCCUUUGGUCAUCAGUUUUUUUGCCGGGAUCGCAGUUCUCGGUGUCUAUGUCGUUUACCAGACCACAGUAAACCUCCAGACGGUCUUCGUGCCCCUCUGGCCGCUCCCCAAGUCCAGGCCGUUGGAUCUGAGCGAUGGGGACGUCAACGUGACGAAGAUUCAGGCAUCAGCGGAGCGGGUUUUACUCGAAAGGCUUACCCUGAACGCAGUAGUUCAAGAUUUGUUCGGGCUACCCUUAGCCGUGGACAAGUGCACGGAGUUUUCCGUGUGGGUAGAGGAGCACAAGCAUGGGGUAUGGGGCAUUGAGUUUAGACCUACCUUCCUCACGGUUACUGCAAAAUGGUCGCCCAUCCUGGUGAGGUUCGGUACUCGUCGGUUCCUGAUCAGCGAUAUAUGGGAGAAGGUGGUGCUACCAAUGGGGCUCAUCCCUGGCGGGGGCACCGGCAAGCCCAGUGCCUUUGGAAAUGAAGACGGCCCGGCCAUCCACGAGGUCCCUGUGACCGACAAUGCAAAUAAUCCCGUUCGGAAGGAGUAUGACGUGGUACUCUCAGGGCUGGUCCCUAUGGCCACUUCGAGGCCCCGUUCCGUGAAGGAGGGGCGCGUGCUUGUGAGAUCUGGGAGGGUUAUUUUCAAGGGACUCGUAGACUUCGAGCACCACCAAACAGCCAAAGUGUUGGACUGCGACUUGGUGAUGGAAGUGGACGAUGGGGAAGGUGGGAAGAGAGUGGUCACCAAGCACUUGUGGUGAGUACGUUGAGUUAGCUUGUAUACAGUCAGUAAAGCCGAAUCAUUGAGUUGUAGGAAUGAUCAGAAUGGAUAACUCUUUGUGAAA